CAGCUGAUCAGGAGGUCACAUGACCAGCCCUGUCUGCAGAGGGGCCAUGCCUGCGGUGUAUGGAGGAGUGGAAGGGGGAGGAACACACUCCAAAGCAGUUUUGAUCUCAGAAGAUGGACAGAUCUUGUCUGAGACCAACGGACCUUGCACCAACCACUGGUUGGUCGGCACAAAGAGAUGUUUAGAGGCGAUCGAUUCCAUGGUGACAGAGGCUAAGCAGAAGGCAGGGCUGGACCCACAGGUUCCUAUCAAAUGCCUGGGCAUGUCGCUGAGUGGUGGAGAACAGAAAGAAGCCAUCGAUAUGAUCGAAGAGAUGCGGCAGAGCUUUCCACAGCUCAGUGAGAGCUACUUCAUCUGCAAUGAUGCCAUAGGGGCCAUCGCCACUGCUACAAAACUGGGGGGCAUUGUGCUGAUAUCAGGGACCGGAUCGAACUGCAAACUGUUGAACCCAGAUGGUUCUGUGUCUGGAUGCGGAGGCUGGGGGCAUCUGAUGGGUGAUGAGGGAUCAGCUUACUGGAUAGCUCACCGAGCCAUCAAGACCGUGUUUGACACCAUUGACAACCUGGUGGAUCCAGAAUUUGACAUCUGCUACGUGCAGGAAGCUAUGUUCAGCUACUUCCAGGUUUCUGAUCGGCUGGGGAUUCUCACUCAUCUGUAUCGAACUUUCGAGAAGUCCAGGAUUGCGGGAUUCUGCGUCAAGUUGGCAGAAGGUGCUAACAAGGGGGAUGCUUUAUGUCGUUCAGUUUUCCGCAGCGCUGGUGAAAUCCUUGCGCGUCAUGUUGUGGCUGUGAUGCCGAAGAUCGAUGAGGUCUUAUUCCAGGGGGAGCUGGGUCUUCCAGUGCUGGCUGAAGGCUCAGUGUGGAAGAGCUGGGAUCUUCUAAAAGACGGGUUCAUCGAGGUCCUGGACAAAGCUCGGAACAGCCCCUCUGGAAGCCAUCUUACCCGAUUCAGUCUUCUGACACUCAAGCAGUCAUCAGCCGUGGGUGGAGCCAGCCUGGCCGCAAAGAAUAUUGGGAUUGAUUUACCAAUCAACUACCAGGAUAACGUCCAUGUCUUCUACAGCCACAGUUUCUCAUGAGCCUCAGAGGAGUCCAGCGCCGGUCACUGCCUCCUCUCAUACAGAAUAUCUGUAAUUAUGGCAGCCAUGUCCAUCAUCCAUGUCUAACGAUAUAACCUCUUAGGGCAUUAUGGGGGAAUUUUAUCAAAACUGGUGUAAACUAGAACUGACUUAGUUGCCCAUAGCAACCAAUCAGAUUCCACCUUUCAUUUUGAAAAGGAGCGCUGAAAAAUGAAAGGUGGAAUCUGAUUGGUUCCUGGGGUCAACUGAGCCGGUUUUCCUUUACACCAGUUUUGAUGAAUCUACUGCAUACAAAAUUCUUGUUUACAUCAAGAGACAGACUUGAAACUUCUCACAGCUGAGAGUUUGUUACAGUUGUCUCCAGACGGCUCUGAUCUCAGUAAUAAGCCUUUGCUUAUUACAGUGCAUGGGUCUGGAGUGCAGAUGGUUCAGCUCACAGAGGAUUCAACUGUAACAACCCCCCAGCUGUGAGAAGACAACAGACAGGCUACAUAUGAACAAAACCUCACUCCUCGUUCAUGUGUUAUUGCAUUGAAAUCUUAGUAGUUUACUGGGAUUUUUGGGAACUCUAUCAAUUAUAUAAAAAAUCUACAAUCCUUGUUUUAUUUACCCAGAUUCUAAUGAAUGACCAAAAUGUAUGAGCGCUGACCAGGCAUCACUGGAGGUCAGUCUGGUAAUGGACCUCUUACUGCUUUUUAAUGUAAAGUUUUGAUUCAAGAAAAGAUUUUCAAUGAUUAAUUCGCUUUGAUCAACACAAAUAAAAAUUCAUAUAUA